AUGACAAAAACAGACAAAAAUAACUUUCCUCCUUAUGCGGAAGAAUUAACCCUUAACCAAGGAGAACAAUUAAAUAUCCAACAGAUAUUAACUCAAUUAAAACAAUCAAUUCCGGUUAAUUUCAUUCCAAUAGAACUCCAAGAAGGGAAUUAUUGUGGUUCAACUAAUCCCAAGUGGAAAGAUAAACCACUCUCUGAAAGAUAUGGUUUAGAAAAAGGUCAAGAUAUUAAUCAGCCAGUUUAUAUUGAUCCGGAAGUCCUAUUGAGAAAAGCCAGUUUUGGUGGCAUCACCAUUGAGAGUGAAGCAGAAAUUAUUUUAGUUAAUCCAAAUAAGGUUUUAGUAAAGGAAAUAGAAACGCAGACAAAAUUAACAAGCAAAGAGAUUAGCAAACAAAGAGGAGUAGCAGGUUGUUUAUUAGAUAUUUUGAAUUAUUGGGGAACUUAUUACAAGAAUUUUCUCACUGAAUACGAUGAUGGGAAAGAGUUUAUGAAUUUUCUUAUUCCUAGCGAUAAAGAUAGUUGUAACUAUGUCUAUAAUAUAUUAGUUAAAGGAAGCGAAGAAGAAAAAGAAUUAGCAAAAGAAUUUAACAAAUUAUUACAAGACUACCGAAAAAACCCCACUGAGGGUAUG